CGUUCUUUCAAACAACAUGGCGAAUCGCACAGUGAAAGAUGCUCAUUCUAUUAAAGGAACGAAUCCUCAGUAUUUAGUUGAGAAAAUUAUACGCACGCGUAUCUACGAAUGUAGAUAUUGGAAAGAAGAAUGUUUCGCCCUUACAGCUGCCUUAAUGGUGGACAAAGCCAUGGAGCUGAGGUACAUGGGAGGGAUCUAUGGGGGCAACAUCAAACCCACCCCAUUCCUAUGUCUGGUGCUGAAGAUGCUGCAGAUACAACCCGAGAAGGACAUUGUGGUGGAAUUCAUCAGAAACGAAGAUUUCAAGUAUGUUCGAGCUCUUGGAGCAACCUACAUGAGACUUGUGGGGACAUCAUUAGACUGCUACAAAUAUCUGGAACCACUGUACUAUGACUAUCGGAAACUACGUCACAUGAACAGAUCUGGAGAAUUUGAAGUUCUGCACAUGGAUGAAUUCAUUGAUGAAUUAUUGCGAGAAGAAAGACUCUUUGACAUCAUCCUUCCUAGAAUACAGAAGCGGGCUGUGUUGGAGGAGACAAACCAGCUGGAGCCCCGAGUGAGUGCAGUGGAGGAAGACCUCGAGGACAUGGAGACAGAUGAGGAGGAGGAGCUGGUUAUGGAAUCUAAAAGAAGUCCAUCACCAGAGAAGUCAAAGGGUCACCGAGAUCAAGACAAAGCAAGAAGUCCAUCACCCCGGUUCCGUCGCAGUAGGUCAAGGUCACCACAUAGGAGAGACAGAGACAAAAGUCCAUCACGUCGAAAGAGGUCAAGGUCAAGAGAGCGAGAGAGGAGACAUGGUCACAGGUCACAUAAAGAGGAUGAUGAUGAUAGGAGGAGGAGAUCUAAGAAGAGCAAGAAAGACAAGAAGGAUGACGAUCGACAUCGUGACAGAGAUCGAGACCGGGAACGGGACAAGGACAGGUCUAGACAUCAGGACCAUGAUCGGGACCGACGUGAUCGUGGAGACAGAUCACGAGGAGGGGGUCUUAAACAAGAGAUUAAAGAAGCUAAUGAACUAAGAGCAAGACUAGGCUUGGCACCAUUGAGGCAAUGAUUGAAUGUAUGGGGAUACCGUCCUGCAUGACAUCAUUCAGAAAGAGCAGGUUGAGGAUCUUUGAAAUGCAAAUAAUCCUGAGUUGAUGGUUUGUUUAUGCAUGAUAGGAUAGGAAUCUCUAUUUGCAAAAUGGUGAAAUCUUAAAAGCUAUCUACAGCUGAGCAGGUUUCAGUCAAUAGUUAUGAACAGCUGACUCUUACAAAUAAAUAACUGUAUGGUAUUUGAAGAUAAGAUGAGGUUGGCAUGAAAGCGUAAUUUCUCUGUGCAUAACCUUUUCCCCUGCUUUUCAUGAAGCUUGUGUAUAUAUGCAUUUUAACAUCAGACAACCGUUGGCACUGCAGUGUGUGUCAUUUGUAUUAAGUUUCAUGAUCAUUGUGUAAAUAAAGUCAUUUUCAAUGAA